AAAUUAGUUAACUUGGAUACUUUACAUUUUUCAUUGCAGGAUUCUCUCUUCCAAUCAGCUUAGUGGAGAUUUGCCAAUAGAACUGGCCAGGCUUGAAAAGUUGACAGAUUUUAGGAUAAAUGACAACUUCUUUAGUGGAACAAUACCAGAUUUUAUACAGAACUGGAAGCAGAUGGGAAGACUAGAAAUGCAUGGGAGUGGACUAAAAGGACCCAUUCCAUUGUCCAUUUCUUCUUUGCAAGGACUGAUUGAGUUGAGGAUUAGUGACAUUAACAAUACCAAUCAGCCUUUUCCUAUGCUGGAUAACAUGGCAGGCCUGACACGAUUAGUUUUGAGGAAUUGUAAUAUCUCUGGAGUGAUCCCACCAUACGUCUGGAGCUUCAAUAAAUUGCGAGUGCUGGAUCUCAGUUUUAACAAAUUGACCGGACAACUUCCUGCUACCAUCAGUACAAAUAGUUUGAAAUUUAUCUUUCUAAGUGGCAACCUGUUCAGUGGUAACGUGCCCAACUCAAUGUUGAAGAAAGAAACUAAUGUUGAUCUUUCCUACAAUAAUCUCACAUGGCAAAGCCCAGAGGACCCUGCUUGUCAAGGAGGUCAAAACUUAAACUUGUAUCGGAGCUUUUCAAUGGAAAGCAACAACAGCGGAAUCCUUCCAUGCAUAAAAAAGGACCAAUGUCCCCAAUAUGGGCAUUCUCUAUAUAUUAACUGUGGUGGAGAGGAUUAUGAUCACAUUGAUGCAGAUGGAAGAAACAUUAAGUAUCUAGGAGAUUCAACAGUUUUGGGUGGUGCUGCAACGUUAUUUUUACGUGACAAAGCUAAUUGGGGAUUGAGUAGCACUGGAGACUUCAUGGACGACAAUGAUUUCCAAAACAUACGUUAUACCACAACUUUGCCAUCAUUGAGCAUCUCAGUGUUGUACACUACUGCACGCCUUUCUCCACUCUCGCUUACUUAUUAUCACCGUUGUUUAGAAAAUGGGAAUUAUAGUGUGACACUUCACUUUGCGGAGAUCCAAUUUAGAGAUUACCAAACAUACAGCAGCCUUGGACGGCGCAUUUUUGAUAUAUAUAUCCAGGAUAAUUUGGAAGAGAAGGAUUUCAAUAUUGAAAAUAAAGCCAAUGGCGUUCUUAAGGAAUUCAAAAAAAAAUAUAAUGCCAGCGUCACAAACAAUAUGCUAGAGAUACGCUUCAGCUGGGCUAGCAAAGGAACAACUCGAAUUCCUCGAAGAGGAGUAUAUGGCCCCCUUAUAUCAGCCAUAUCUGUAGAUCCUAACUUCAAACCUCGUUCAGAAGGUGGAAAGAAAAGGACUGCACCUAUUGUCAUUGGUGUUCUAGCAUCAUGUUUCAUCGUCUUGGCUUUACUGGCAUUAUUUGUCCUUCGGUGGAGAGGCUAUUUAUUUUGGAGCACGAAAACUGGGAGAGAAAAAGGUUAGGGCUUUAAACCUUCAUGUAUCACCGCUCCAGAUAAAAGUACCAUAAGUUCUCAUCCACUGUGUGAUGAUGAUGUCUUUCUCAAUUGGUUUCACAAAUAGAGGUUAAGGCACAAGUGUGUGGCUGGUUGUUACUCAAAUUGAGAUUGAUUGAGAUGUCUCAUAAUGCAGGAUCUAAAUGCUGCCUCCAAUUAUCUUUGUGUUUCGGAGCACUAAUUUUUCGAUUUAUUUGGAGUUUUCGUCUUCUUCUCUCUCUCCCUUCCCACAUAUAUAUAAGGGUAUAUGUUACCACACAUAUACAUAUACUGUUGGGGAUACUUGUGGAGAAUGUGAAAUUUAUGGGUUUCAGUUGUUUCUUGUGGACCUUAGUUCAGUGAAUUUAAUGUUAUUCUGAUGCUUUCCACAAGCACAGCUAAGUAUCUAUUGCUCUGUCUUUGAACGUUGCACCUUUUGCUUAUAAACUUAGAAAUGAAAUUUCUAGUAGUUCUUUACCUUGGAAGAGGGUAUACCAACUGAUUUUGUGUUAAGUUUCAUAACAAGUCUGAGAUUUGAAGGAGCAUACAUGCUACAGAUUUGUGAUAGACCACUGGUUAACAAAAUACACCAAGAUCAUGACUCGUGAAAGCCAUCUUCCCCUCCAAUGGGUAGAAAAAUAAAUACUCAAUUAGCAAUGUGUAUAUACUUCACCAGUUAGUAUGUAGGGAAACUUUUGUCUAUACAUCUGACUUACUAAAAUUUUCCAUAAAUGUCAUUGCCUAAUGUUUGUAUUGUUAACGGGAGAUCUAAGGGUAGUGAACUGGGUGCAAGCUAGAAUGUGGCUCGUUGCACCAAGUGUUUACCCAAUGAAUAAUAAGCCUGGGAGAUUAUUUAUUUUGAUGUUAAGGUAGUAAUUGCUAGAAAUGUACAAAUCUUAAGACUCUCAUCUCUUUCUUGGGGUAGAUCUUCAAGGAGUAGAGCUCCAAACAGGUUCUUUUACCUUACGACAGAUUAAAGCUGCUACAAAUAAUUUUGAUUCUGCAAAUAAGAUUGGAGAGGGUGGAUUUGGACCUGUU